CCUGCGCCUCUCGCCCCAUGACAUCCUGAUUACGUUGCCACCCUAUGUCUGUGUGUGCGCCUCCUGUAACCCCAUGUGUGUCAUCUGGUCCUCUCCCCAGCCAGCUGCCUCAUCUGCCUUGUCCACCUCCUCUUGGCCUUCUGAAAGCUUCCCAGGCUUCCCUGACCUCAGACCCCAUCUCUGCUGUUCCUCCUCACCCAGGGACAUUGCAGAUCCCUGGUGUGGUGGCUGUGGCCCGUGGUGUGUGCACGUGUGUAUAUACGUAUUUGUGACGCCUUGGGGUCUGUUGUGUGUUUUGUUGCCUUGUUCCAACACUGAUGACUGGAGAAGCCACUGGCCAUUGGGCUAGGGGUGUGUGGCCUUGAGUCAGGUUCUUAGGGUAGAGAUUCUGAAAGGCAAAGCCCAAGCUGGUGGCCUCAGUGGGCACUGUGCUCCCCAGCAGGAGUUUCAGCCACUGCUGCUCACAAUCUGGUCUUUGCCCUGUCACCAAAAGAAUACUCAAUUGGGACCCUCAGAUGUGUGCUGAUGCAAGAGGCUGCUUGUUGCCUAUUGCUGGUGGGACACAGACAUGCAGGGGACCUAGGUGCAGUUUGUAUUCUGAUUUCUGAUGUCACAGGUGGGUGGUGUGAGAGGCUCCAAAAGUCUGCUGCCCUGCACGCCCCAAUACCACACUUGUCACAGAGGCUGGUCCCCUGUGGGCAGCCAGCUGUGUUAAGGGUAAGGACCAGUAGGGAGCCUGGGCAGGGCAUAGCAAGGUCAUAUCGCUAUAGUCAAUUUGUGAAGGGACAGGUUUCAGAUGUGGGGGAAGUCCAGAACCCAAUCCCACAGAGCCUUCUAGAACUGCAAGUAGCUGGAUGUAGCCCAGAGGGUGUGACCCUUACCCACACAUGGCUUGCAUUGCUGUCCCUGGGGAAAAGCCUAUCAGGGUCAUUAGUGUCCAGGGGACUCCAGAGGCCUCCUUGCUGUGUGCCCCAGUCCUGAAGGGAGCACAGUGCUCACAUGUGCCCUUCUGCAGCCUUGGCUGGGGUCAGCAUGUCAGAGAGCAGAGAGGGCCAAGCAGGUAACCCUGUCUGUGCUGUGGAAACAGGACCCAGAUGGACCCUAGUCCCUGGAUACAGGCACUGCCCCUGCACAGUGGAGUGUGCACCAAGCAGUUUUGAGUUUGGUUGUAUUGACAUUUGUUUAUUGUAGUAAAAUAUACAAAACAUACAAUGUACUAUCAUAAAAUGAACAGGCUGCUGGACUCAGCAUUGUCAGUUAUGUAACAAUCACCACUAACUCCAGAAUAUUCUAUGACCAGAGGCAGGCCCCAACCACAGCCCCCUCGAAUCCAUUUCCUGUCAUGGAGCCCACACUAUGCAGCCAUUGUGUCUGGGUCCCUCACUGAGCACUAUGCCCUCAAAGGUUCCUCCACACUGGCUGUGUGAUGGUUCAGAGUGUGUGCCCAUCACAAGCAGGAUCUCACUGCCUGUCUCAGCCCUGCUGAGCACAGUGCCUUCAUCUGGGUGUCCAGAGGAUAGAGAGGGCAGGCUGUGAGGAAGCUGGCACAAUGCAGGCAUGACUUAAGCUGUAGAACAUUCACAUGUCCCCACAUAGGGAGCUGGCAGGAGCUCAAGGCCCCAGGCCCACACUAGGAAGUCAUGGAGACUGUGGAUGCCCACUUCACUGUUGCUGGGACACCUUUGUUCCUGUCAACAAUGGCCCUAGAGCCUUGGUAGUCUGAGCCUCUGGGAGCAUAGAGGCAGACAUGGAAAACCUGAGGCGGGAAGCUGCCCGGCCCUUUGUCCCCUCGGGCACCUUGGAACUCUACUUCCCUGCCCCUCUAUACAGCAAUGACUACAUGUCCCUGGAGGGCCCCCGUUGGGCACCGUCCAUACAGCAGGCCUUGCGCUGGAAGUUCACACCCAUGGGACAGGAUGCAGCUGGCCAGGCGUGGCUCACCGGCCUGACCAACUCGGAACCGCGCGAUGCCUGGUACAUGCUGCCCAGAUCGCUCGACAGCCCGUUUCGCGAGGCCCUCACGCGCUGGAACGGCUGCUUCCAGAGUCGCCAGCGUGGCCUACCGUCCGCCUACACGCAGCGCCUGCGGGAGACUGCCUUUUGGGACCCUACGCUGCCAGCGCAGUACCUCAAUCCAGGCACACGCUGGGGGUGCGUGCCGUGGAGGGACAGGCGCAUCCGUGGCAAGGAAUUCGUGGUCAACAGGAACCAGUUCGGGGCACCGGUGCCUUGGCGGUCAGACUACGUGCCCUACCUGUCGCCGCCACAGCGGCCACGCUACACCUCCCAGGACUUCAAGCAGCUGGGUCGCCAGCGCCCCUGCCCGGCCACCGGCCAGAUGCCUCCGACCUUCACACCCUCUCUCUGAUAAAGCCCUACUGCCAGCCCGCGCCUCGCGCCUCGCGCCUUGCGUCCCCGGCCAGGCCAGGCGACCGACCACCGACCGUCCCCACACACAGCCUGGGUGUCAGUCCUCCAGCCUCUGCGGCCGAGCUUUAUUCUCCCCUGGUCCCCGCAAGCGCCUGCUCCGGGCUGCUGCGUCCUCUGAGUUCACGGUUGGGCAGAGUCCCCAGGGCCCAGCAAGCUUAGCCGGGUGUCCACCCCCGCACAGCGUGGCCUCUGACCCCGGGCAGCUGGAGGGAGGGUCGGGGGACUAGGGUGUCUGCCUGGUCCUUCGUCGUGUUGCCCUAGGGAGCCGGGUCAGGGCCGGUCUCUGGGGUCCCCUGAAAAUGAGGAGUAGGGCGGCGGCGUUGGGAAGGGCGGGUCCUGCCCCACCCCCACCCCCACCCCAGCCCGGAGCCUGCACCCAACACCCAAGCUGCGCCAAUGGAGACUCACCAGUACGGGUUCGAAUGCGAAUGGGCCAAAUGAGGAGGCUGCAGAGAGCCAGGGCCGCGGCCACACCCACACCACCGGUCACGGUCACCAUCACCCAGUGGUAGAAGCCCACACAGGCCCUACAGCACAGCUCGGAGCUAGGGGACAGAAGGCAGGCUGAGGGUCCCUGGGAAUGGCCGCAGUGUCCUCUGCAACAGCCCUCCAAGGCUCCCAUCUCAAGUUUAGGGGACCCUAGAUCUACACACACAGUUCCCCUGCAGCCUGAGCUCACAGCCCUGUCAUGUCCCUUGGCUCCAGCAUGGGCCCUGCCAUGAUACUGACACCCCUGAACACAGUUCGGGCUCUCAGAAACCCUCCAGGCCUCCUGCCUGACCUCGAUUCCUGAGACUGCCCCUUCCCAUCUGCACUUCUACACUAGCCCUGAGGGACAUGGCUGGCAUUGUCCUGAGCCAGUACGGGUGGCUGGGUGGCUCAGGAGCCCACAGUGUGAGGGGCCCAAGUGGCUCUGUGUCCUCUGCAGCCUGGCCCUUAGCCCCCAGCUCAAGAGAAACUCAGUGUUUCUUGAAUGAAUAAAUGUCCAAAACAAGGGAUGUGCCCUCUUCCAGUCUGAGGGACGGAACUCACGGGCAGGGGUGCAGGCUCUGCACAGCCAUGACUGCCAGCCCAUUGGCCACCUUGUCCGAAAAGCUCAUAGCACCAUACACGAAGGCUCCACUGUGCUGCGGAACACACAGAGGGUCACUGCCCAGGCCCAGGAUGCAGAUCAUGGCCACCCAAGGCUCCUCCCACCAGCCCUACCGUGUGUGGGCCAAUGAGGUCAGCUGUCAUGGCCAGUGAGGUGACAAGGACAGUGGCACAGCCUGCACCCAGCAGCACAGCUGCCCCAUACACAGCCACGCCCAGCUUAUCUACCAGAGCCACCCAUGCUGCGAAGGCCAGGAUCACCAGAAGCCCGCUGAAGUAGGUCAUCUAGGAAGGAAGGAGACAUGGCCUACAUCAGGCCCCCACAUCGCUGGGCACCAUGUGCCCUCUGGUCCUCAGCCCAAGGAAAGGCUCCAUUAAAAUGUGUCCUAUUCCACACCCAA